GCGGGACGGGCCGGGCCGGGAGGAGAGGAGAGGAGCGGCCGCCAUUACACAGAGCAACAACAACAACAACCAGCUGUUUACAUAGAAUAGUCAACGCUUUAACUGAUGUGAGGAUGAGGCCCCAGCUCCUGACGUGGGAUGUGAAGGGGACUCUGCUAUGUGUGCGCCGGUCAGUUGGUGAGCUCUACUCCUCAGAGGCCAAGCUCCACGGACUCCAGCUGGAGGCCAGAGCUCUGGACAGAUCAUUCCAAGCUGCGUUACAAAUGCAAGACAAGCAAUUCCCCAACUAUGGGCGAGGUCGGGGUCUGACUUCCCAGCAAUGGUGGGUGGACGUGGUAAAAAAAACCUUCUGUUUCUGCGGAGUGAGCGAUGAGCAGGUGCUGUCUCCACUGGCAGAGAAGCUUUACCACCAGUUCUGCAGCGCUGCCAACUGGGAAGUGUAUGGUGACGUACAGGACACCCUGGAUCACUGCAGGAAGAUAGGCGUCAGCAUGGCAGUGAUUUCCAACUUUGAUCGCCGCCUGGAGCAGAUUUUAGCCAAUUGUAACCUGCGGCAGUAUUUCCAGUUUGUGAUGACGUCAGAAGAUGCCGGAAUCGCCAAGCCAGAUCAGCGGAUCUUCCGUGCAGCCCUGAACCUCGCCCAGGUAGAGCCCAGACAGGUCAUGCACAUCGGAGAUGACAUCAGGAUGGAUUAUCUGGCAGCCAGGGCUGUCGGAAUGGAGAGCUACCUGAUCUGCAGAGGACAAGAGGAGCUCUGUGAUGCGAAGCGGCUGGUGCCCAGAGCCCACAUCCUCAGCUCCUUGCACCAACUGUGUGACCUCAUUAAAUGAAGACAUAAUGGUGUGUGCCUGUCCUAGCAUAGGGCGGCACUGUGGCGCUGUGGUAGAGUUGCUGCCUUACAGCGCCAGAGUCCUAGGUUCGAUCCUGACUAUGGGUUCUGUCUGUAUGGAGUUUGUACUUUCUCCCCUUGACCGCGCGGGUUUUCUCCGGGAGCUCCGGUUUCCUCCCACACUCCAAAGACGUACAGAUUUAUAGAUUAAUUUGCUUCGCUAAAAUUGUAAAUUGCCCCCAGUUUGUGUAAGAUAGUGUUAGUGUGUGGGGAUCACUGGUCGGCCUGGACUCGGUGGGCUGAAGGGCUUGUUUCCUAUCUCUUGUAUCUCUAAAUUAAACUCCAAGUACCCUCACCCUGACCAUCAAUUGCUGAUGUUUAGAAUUCUGAUAGUUAUUGAAACGUUCAGGUCGGAUUUGCUUCCUGAGAGAAUUAUCAGUGUGAGCUGGUGUAAAUUAUAGUGUUGGGCAGAGGGAUAUGCCUUCAACCCCAGUAAAUACUCCCUGAAUGAACAAACAGUGGAAGAGAUCUGCGCAAUUCUGUGGGUUGAUGCAAAUAGAUAACAUUUAUAAAAGAGAAUCCAACAGAUAACAUUCUGCUGUGAUUCUUUGGUGACAUUUUAAUCAGGAAUGUUUUAAUAAUUAUUUUUCGCAUUUAAUAUGAAAAAAAAUAUUUUACACAUUGCACUUUAGAUCAGUAUCUGCACAGUCUGUCUGAGAUGUGGAGCAAAUGUGAGCCACGUGUUCUUGCCUGGAAAGAAUGGUUAGCUUGCAGUGAGUACACCAUGCUGAACGGAGAGGCAAUGGAAGAGUGCUAGCACAAUAUAAGUUGUUAAUAAAGUGCAUUCUUGCUCCACCUUAUGACUGAACUAUUUAUUGCAUUUUAUAUGUUGUUGAAAUCUCAGUUUGUUGGUGAAUUUGCUGAUUAACUUGUACAUGGUGGUGCUUUGGGAAGAAUGUUGGCUCUGGUAUGUAAAUCCCACUGCUCUUCAGAUUGUACUGGAGCAAUGCUUUUGUUUCCCCUGGGCCAACGAUACACUGGAGUUCACCACACCAACGUGCAAACUUAAGUUUGGAAGAAAAUAACAAGAUUAAUUAAGAAUAAACAUAGGGCAUUGAAAUCUCUGAGAGAAAAAUGCAUUCGCCAGUGUCUUUCAGAGAAGAGAGUUGCUAUUGUUAAUUUGUCCUGCCUAUACGUAUGCAAUAACAUUCCUGCUCCAAUAUUGAAAGGCAGCAGCAACUCCUUAGCAAGGCAUCUGGGGAGGCUCAAUCAAUGCUGGGCUUGUCAUCGAUACCCACUGGAGUGAAUAAUAGAAUCUUUAACUCCUUACUAUGCAUUGUUUGCAUGUUGGUGUGAUGCACUGCAGUGUAUUGUUAGCCCAAGGGAAACAAAAGCACUGCUCCAGUACUUACCAGAGCCAACAUUCUUCCCAAAGCACUACCAGGUGCAGGCUAACCAGCAAAAUCACCAACAAAUUGAGAUUUCGACAGCAUAUAAAAUGCAAUAAAUAAAUAGUUGAGUCAUAAGGUGGAGCAAGAGUGCACUUUAUUGCAGUUACAUUGUGCUAGCACUCUUCCAAGCAUUGAUACCAAGUGGAACCUUUUUAAAGAGAGACAAAUAAAGUAAUGCAGCACGGAAACAGUCCCUUGGGCCCAACUUGCCCACACCGACCAGCAUGACCCAGACACACUAGUCCCGCCUGCCCGCGUUUGGGCCAUACCCCUCUAAACCUGUCCUAUCCAUGUAUCUGUCUCAAUGUUUCUUAAACGUUGGGAUAGUCCUAGCCUCAACUCUGGCAGCUCGUUCCAUACAUGCACCACCCUUUGUGUGAAAAUGUUACCCCUCCCUUUCCUAUUAAAUAGCAUGAGAUAAACUUCGCUAAAUGCAUGUUUCCACAUAUCCUCCCCUGCUCUACAGCACAUGGAGGUGUAUCAGGGCCAACAAUAGUGGGAAUAUGCACUCUGGAGGAGAGCUUCAGUAAGUGUGUCGUCAACGCCCCUCAUAUGUUAACCCGAUCAUUCUCGUAUACCUCUCCAACACCAGCACAUCCCUCCUCAGAUAUUGGGUCCAAAACAUUUCUCCAAAUAUGGUCUGACCAGUCCCCUAUGAAGACUCAGCAUUACAUCCCUCCCUUUAUAUUCUAGUCCUCUUGAAAUGAAUAUUCACGUUGCAUUUGCCUUCCUUACCCUUUUGGGAAUCCUGUACCAGCACUCCCAAGUCCCUUUGCACCUCCGAUGCAGUAUAGGACAUUGAUUUGUGUUCUUCCACUGCCCCGACAUUCACAGUCUGUCAACAUGACUGAUGAACACAUGAAUAUGUUUAAAUGAGGUGAGAGGUCAGAUGGCCCUGCAUAAAGAAUACACGUGCCAUAGAUGUUGUGUCCUACCCAGGCUACCCAGGUUUCCUCCCACUCCAAAGACAUGCGGGUUUGUAAGUUAAUUGCCCCUAGUGUGUAUGAUGUGAAACUGGGAUAACAUAGAGUCUGAAGAAGGGCCUCGACCCGAAACGUCACCCAUUCCUUCUCUCUUGAGAUGCUGCCUCACCCGCUGAGUUACUCCAGCAUUUUGUGUGUACCAUAACAUAGAACUAGUUGGUUCUAUGUUAUGAUUGGGGUGAUCAUUAGUCAGCGUGGACUCGGUGGGCCGUAGAGCCCGUAUCCACUCUGUAUCACUAAAAUUUAUUGCCACGUGUACCGAGGUCCAGUGAAAAGCUUUUAUGUUGCGUGCUAUCCAGUCAAGACAAGACUAUGCAUGAUUACAAUCAAACCGUCCACACUGCACAGAUAAAUAAAGGUUUAGAAGAGUGGAGCGAUUGUAAUGUUUGAUCGCAGAUCCACUUCUGGGACCAGCACGCAGUCGCCUGGCUUCAGCGCCACCUUCAGUGACGCUUUAUUCCAACCUCUAAUAUUUCUUUUAAGCGUAUUGUGUCAUGCUGCUGCAUGUAAAAAAUGUAUUGUUCUGGUUUCAGUACAUAUGACAAUUAAACACUCUUGACUAAUAAGUAA